AUGUCUCUUUUUACAGCCCAGGUUCGUCCUGAUGAGGGUCUCGGUUUUCUUGUUCUUGGAGCUACCCUCCACGAUAUCCUCACUCGACUAAAGGCAGAACCACAAAGCUUUCCGAAGCUAGAGUUGACAUAUGAAAGCACCGCACCAGUAACAGAGCCCGUCGUUUUACACUUGCCUUCAAAUGGCCUGCGUUUACGAUUCGAUGGGCCUGAGCAACGACUACGCUUAAUAGAGGUUCUGGACUUCACAAAGAGCCACCUCACUUACAAAGACAGAGACAUCUUAAGGCCUAUCUCGACAACCCAAAGCGAUUCUUCAGCAGUCAUUCAUCCCAGCGGUCCCACGUAUAAGCACAUCUCGAGAGUAGUGGGACUGGCAUACCCGGGGGAAUACAUUGAGCCGAAUAGCGGAGACGAAAGUGGAAUUGGACUUUAUGUGCUUUCAUAUCCAGGUCUCGCAUUCUCUUUUCCACUUAAGUCGUCAGCAUGGUCUCCUUCAAAGAUAGAAUCGCUCUUCGCAUCGACCAACAGCCCACCCGCCUCAUCGAUGGCUAUAUUCCGCGGCAAAUCAUGGCCGGAGGCACGCGAGCAUCUAUUUACCGAAGCUAUUGAUCCGACAGAUACUUUCGUAACGCUUUUUAAAAAGAAGGAGACUGUACCCACUGAUAUUCGCUUGGUACGUAUUCAUGGAGCGGGUGAGGUCGAGCUUGUACGCUCUGGAACAUAUACUCCACUUUGGCUACAAAUGGGCCAGACAACUCCCCAAGAGUUGGUGGCUGAACUCGGCCCUCCUGAUGCGAUAUACCGAAAGAACGAUCGUCGAAUGUCAAUCCACAAGGUUCGAAGGGGAACAAAUAACCGUGCGAGACCAGACUUGACCGAUCUACGGCUGCAAGACGACUCAACAGACACAGAUCAAUCCUCAGCUCACACUGCAACCGAUGAUUCUGAUGACGAUACCGAGGAAAGCGAAGUUGCUGGGAAUCUCUCUGGAGAGUGUUUCUACAACUACUUCUACCAUGGAUUUGAUAUAUUGAUAUCUGCUCCAUCAUCACAUUCUCAGUAUCCUCCAUCCAAGAAGGCUACCAAUCCAGAAUCCGAACCGAUCAUCAUCGCCCCAGGCGAUGCACCGUCGCGCUUGGUGGCCUCAAAGAUUAUCCUCCACGGAAAUAUUCCCGGGUCGUACCCAUUUAACAGGCACCGGCGAUGUCGCUGGGAAAUACAAUACCUUCCGCUACAGAAAGGUCAAGAUGUUGUAGAUUCGGAGACCCCGUUUAAGAGUAUUGAGGCUAGACUUCAUGAAGAGUGGAAGAGUAUUUAUCAAAAUGAAGAGGAAGCAAAGGCUAGACAACGCGGGAUGGUAUUGAACCGUGAUUGGGGCGAUAGUCCAGGUAGUAGUUGUGAGCUGCUCGGGGGGUGGGAAGAUAGCUUGGGAGGGAAACGGCCGGAUGCAGUUGGUGGAACGACGGAGGACAUUAGGGGCAUGGGAAGUACGACACUGUUUGGAUUCCCUGGACUAGUCUUCGAGGUUCUUGCGAACGGGGUCGUAAGUGGUGUUACAGUUUUUUGA